CUUCCUGGAUUUUUUUCCUGUUUAUCUCAGUAUGUACACUUAUAAGAAUUGACAAAUAUGCUGUCAUAUUUUUUUUCUUAAAAUCUUUAAUAUAAUGAAUGCAAUGUUAUGAUGUUAACAAUCUUGGCUGUGUCGCUUUUAAUUAGUAUCUCUCAAGGAACAGAUUACUGUAGCGUAUGCCCCGAUGGUAAACACACCAUGUGUUUAUACACCGAAACAUCACCGUCGUGCUUAAAUUUUAAGCGUAUAGCAUUUAACGACCAUUUUAAGCAAUACAUAGUCGACGUACAUAACGACAUAAGGAACCACAUAGCCUCCGGUUUGGAGUUGAAGGGAAAACUGGGGAAACAACCGCCUGCCGCCAAUAUGUUAAUGAUGCAUUGGGACGAGGAAUUGGCGGAAGUAGCGCAAAGAUGGGCUGAUCAAUGCAUACCGAUCGCAGAGUCCAUACAGCACGAUUUUUGUAGAAAAACUUCUAGAUUCGAACAAGUUGGUCAGAACAUUCUAACAGCCAUAACAAAUGGAACUAUAAUGCCUGAACUAGCUAUUCUGAUACUAAAUUGGUACAAACAAGUCGUUAAUGUCAUCCCAACGGACAUAAGUUUCUUUAGUGGGAUGAAAAGGGGUCAGUACUUGAUCGGUCAGUACACGCAAUUGGUCUGGGCGAAAACGGCUUACGUAGGAUGCGGCAUGGCGAUUUACAAGGAACAAGGCAAGGAGCAUUACGAUCAGAGAUUGGUGUGUAAUUACGGACCUGGUGGAAACAUCCUGGGCAAGCCGAUAUACAAGAUUGGCCAACCGUGCUCUCGAUGCCCUACCAAUCAAUGCGAUUCCUUCAGGAAGGCCUUGUGCGAAAAUGGAGAGCGAGUCGCAGCGCCUGCUGGUGUUGGUAUCAAUAAUUUCGAAGAUUGGUUGAAUGCAGAAAAUAAUUUAAACAUUCGAAUUCCCGGAGAUGAUUGUUUACAACAGUUAAGUGGAGAUGUUGAUGGAGAUGAUUUGAAUUUGAAAAGCACAAACGUUUCCAUACCAGAAAACUUCCAAACUGUGUGGUCUCCUUGGGUACUAAAUAUGACUGGAUAUAAUUCAAAUGUCGCGUGGAAUCAAAGUUAUAAUAAAUUAUUUCGAUACUUGAAAUUUCCCCGAAACAGUAGCGAUAAUGAUGUCGAAGAAGAAUUCGAUACCGUGGAAGAACGAGAGAACAUCAUAUUCUUAAUAAAAAAUCGCAAUAAAAGAGCAAUCGGUAGAUGGUAUCACGGUCGUUGCCAUUGCGAUAAAAUCAUCAGAAGUAAUACUAGAGUGGAGGACAAAUUUUAUUCACUGUUAAGAUCAUUAAUCGCAAUAAUAGUUGUGGUUUAUUUGUAAUAAAUAAAUGAGUAGUUUCUUCAUUUCACUUGUUAAUUUC